AUGGCCUCAGCACAAGUUCACCGCUUCCAGCAGCGUGUUUCAAAUCUCCAGUCACAUCAUAAACUUGCAUCAAUUAGACAUUGUGAAGCUGUAAACAGUUAUGUCAAUCAGAAUAAUGAACUAAUGAAUUGUUUGCUAAUUCAUUUGAAAGCUGCAGAUAAAAAUGUAAAAAGAACAAAGAGAAUUACAAAACCGAGAAAUACACAUUCUCACUUAACGAAGUCUGUACGUUUUACUGGGAAGUCGUAUGCUAUGCAGCCACCUUAUGUUGAGCAAACCAACACAAUGUAUCACCACUCAAUACCAAGACAAACAAAUUGUGUCAAUCGAUGUUUCACCAAAGAACUAUGGAAUGAAUUCGGUACAACAGGAAUGGGAAAUGAACAGUUUGUCUGUAAUUCAAAAGAACCAAUAUUUCCACCACCAACAUAUGCAGAACCAAGUGAACCGGCUAUAUUUAACGAUUGUUCUUGGAAAAAUUGGCUUAGCGAUGAUAAAGGUAGAAAUGAUGAUGUUAUCCUCCAAAACAAUUGGCCGUCUGCAACACUUCAGCCUGAUUAUACUUCAUGUAGCAAUAAUUAUUCCUGUGAUGAAGUCAAUUCAUUUGUUUACAAUGAAACAUUACAAGAAAAACGCUUUUGGAGUAGUGAUAAUCCCCCAAAUGAUCGUGGAAAACAAACAGCUAAUUUUACUAGUGAUUGUAACUUCUCUGUUCCACAGCCAGUGGAUUCUUAUUGGUUGAAACAGUCCACUUCUUACAGUGACAUCAAACAUUCACCUCUUGCAAAUACAGAUAGUUAUGUGUAUGAUGAAACAUUGUAUGCUAGACAAAAUUCCUUCCCUAGUAGUACUCACAAUAUUAUUUCUGAAGAUGUAAAUUGUUUUCCAAUUAAUCGGAUAAAUAAUUAUUCCCUAGAAUAUAAUCCUCUUAAUGUUAACUGCAGGAUAUCUGAAUCAUGUAAAAAUUCCAUCAAUCCAAUACUUGCAUCUACCUAUCCCCCAUCAGGAUCUAAUUCACAUUAUUAUCAUUCAACAAUAACAGGUUUUAAUACUGAUGAGUGUUUGAAACCUCAUUACAAUUAUAUGCCUUAUUAUCCUUCUAACUAUGGUAGUAAUAAUAAUGAUAACAGUAAUAACAACUGUAAUGAAAGCAAUCUAA